UUCUGUUAGCCGCGGGAUGCUAAUGUUUAUGCUACAUGUUGGUUACAUCAGAGCUGGAGAAACGUGCUCUCUAAUCAUGAAAUAACACAAACACGUCCAUGGCGGGUCUUCUCAAGAAACAGCUGAAGGAUGCGGUGAAGGUGAUCAGUUCUGGCAGUCUUCUCUUUGCCUCGUAUCUGACGGCCAUUGGAGAUGAGCCCUUUUAUGCCAACCAACUCAUGCCUCUGCUUCAAAGGAUUGUGGGAGCAGAGACGGCCCACAUUCUCUCUGUGAAAAUGAUUAGCCUGGGUCUGGUCCCCAUAAACCGUUACCAAGACCCUCCGUCACUGCAAACAAAUGCCUUUGGUUUAAAGUUUAAAAACCCAAUAGGCAUUGCAGCGGGCUUUGACAAACAUGGAGAGGCUGUGGAUGGACUGUACAAAAUGGGAUUUGGCUUUGUGGAGGUGGGGUCCAUCACACCAAAACCUCAGGGGGGUAACCCCAAACCACGCGUGUUUCGACUUACGACUGACCAAGCCAUUAUAAACAGAUAUGGAUUUAAUAGUUGUGGGCUCACUGAAGCACAGCAAAGACUCAAAGCCAGAGAAGCCACACAAACCGAACAGACUAAAGCUGGCCACCCUCUAGGCAUUAACCUGGGUAAGAACAAGCUGUCCCAGGAUGCAGGGGCAGAUUACCAGGAGGGCGUGAAAGCACUGGGUCCUCUGGCUGACUAUUUGGUGGUCAAUGUGAGCAGCCCCAAUACGCCAGGACUCAGAAACCUGCAGGGAAAAAAUGAGUUGCGCCAGCUCCUAAGUACGGUGUUGAAGGAACGGGACGCCCUGCAGGGAGAGCACAAGCCGCCCGUCCUGGUCAAAAUUGCCCCUGACCUCAGCGCUCAGGACAAACGUGACAUUGCUGAUGUAGUCACUGAGCUAGGAGUUGAUGGUUUGAUGGUCUCCAACACAACAGUGACCCGACCAGAGACACUUCAGGCCCCAGAGCGGACGGAGGUGGGAGGACUCAGCGGUCAGCCUCUGAAGGAGCUCGCCACACAAACAGUGAGAGAGAUGUACAGUCUCACCAAAGGGAACGUGCCCAUUGUUGGUAUCGGAGGUGUGGCGAGUGGGCAGGAUGCGUUAGAUAAGAUCCGAGCCGGCGCCUCGUUGGUUCAGUUUUAUACGGCUCUGGCCUAUCAGGGGCCGCCUGUGGUGACCAAGAUCAAGAGAGAACUAGAACAACUUCUUCAGGAGCAAGGCUUCAGCUGUGUGGCAGAGGCAGUGGGAGCAGAUCACAGGAUAACGGCAUCGACUCAAAGGCAAAGCACUGCGUUUAAGGAGACAUUUACAGUUAAAAAGGACGUCACAAACCCUAUAGCUGCUGCUGAACAGUUAACAUAAUGCAUGAUUCACCUGAUCCCUCUCAGAGUCCUGUCCAUCCACGGUGCAGCAUCAGACGAGCCACUGAACGAGCUGCAUGUCCAGUAUUUACUGUGGCAGAUAAGGAGUCCAUCCAUUGUCCGUCCAAGCAAAACUGAUAAAUGUAAUGGGCUAACCUGUCCUUCAGCUGUGAACCACACACACUGAUGUGUGUGUGUCAUGGCUCUAAUGUACUUCACCAUGAACCCUACAACACUGUUUAUUAUUUAAGCUGUUAUUGUGUAACAGCAGUAAACAUUUACCAAGUGUUUUAUGACACUGGAGGCUUUCAGUCACCGACAGGCCGUUCUGACAAUAUUAAAGAACAUUUUUUU